AUGGCUCUCAACGGUUACUGGGGUCAAUGGGGCUUUGAGCGCCUGGCCGACUACUGUGACACUGGCGUCGAAUAUGUCUCCCUCGCCUUUGUCAACGUCGCCCCUGAGCAUGGCAACGGCUACCCGGGUACCAACUUUGCAGGCCACUGCGGGGGCGGCGUCUACACCGCCCCCAAUGGCGAGCCCAGCGAUCUCCUGAGCGAGUGCCAGAUUCUCAAGGAGGACAUCCCCAAAUGCAAGGAGAAGGGCGUCACCAUCCUGCUGUCUAUUGGUGGUGUCUUCAAUGAGGAUACGUCAAACUACGAGGUCUCGUCCGUCGAGAACGGCGUCGACUUUGCCGACUUUUUGUACGGCGCCUUUGGCCCCUACAACCCUGACUGGGAGGGUCCCCGUCCUUUUGAUCUCGACGAGGACAACCACACCUCGGUCGACGGCUUCGACCUGGACAUUGAACACGACAUUGACAACGAGCCCUACAUUGCCCUCGUCGAGCGCCUCCGCGAGCACGACCCCAGCCUCUUCUUCUCCAGCGCCCCCCAGUGCCCCCCCGAGGACCGCUACUUCUACAUGAAGGACCUCUUUGAGGCCGUGCACUUUGACGCCCUGUUUGUCCAGUUCUACAACAACCCGCGCUGCAACGCCGCCGGCAAUGGCUUCAACUACGAGGAAUGGGAGGCCAUCCUCGCCGACUCGGAGUACAACCAGGACACCCGCCUCUUUGUCGGUCUGCCCGCCAGGUUGGACGCCGGCGGCGGCUACGUCAGCCCCUCCAAUAUUGAGGACAUUAUCUGCGAGCACCGUGACAGCCCCAACUGGGGCGGCAUCUCGCUGUGGGAUCUCACCCGUGGCGCCUCCAACUUCAUGCUCGACGGGCGUACCUUUAACGAGCACGUCCUCGAGGCCCUGGACAGCAACUGCGGCGUCGAGCCCACGACCACGACCACUUCUGUGCUGAGCACCACGACCGCGACCACGACCACGACUUCCGCCUCAUCUACGGCUACAAUCACGACCAUGACUACCUCAGCCGCUGUGACCACGACCACCACUAGCUCGUCGUCGUCGUCGUCCUCUUCUCCCAGCUCGUCGCCCUCCAGCACAUCAUCUUCCGCCAGCUUGAGCUCUUCUUAUUCCAGCUCGUCUGCUGUCGUCACCACGGCCAGCAGCAGCGCGAGCUCCACCCUCGACGUUGUCACCAGCACCAGCAGCACCACCACGUCCUCCCCUUCGUCCGUUGCCAACGGCGUGACCAGCACCACUAGCCACCACACCUUUACCACCGGAUGGUCCAACUCUACCACCACCACCUCGCACGGCGCGACCAUCACCACCUCGUAUGACGCGACCAUCACGUCCGCCACCGACGACGUGUCCAUGACCACCAGCACCCACUUCACCACAAAGACCUACACAGUGACCGACUGCCCCCCGUAUGUCGUCGACUGCCCCGCCGGCGGCUACGUGACCACCGUCGUCGUCCCUGUCUACACUACCGUCUGCCCCGUCACCGAGGUCGAGCCUACUCCCACCGGCGUUCCUUGCGAGGGUGACUGCCCCGGCCACGACGAUGGCGAGGACGAUGACCACGAGGGUGGUGACGAUGGUCACGAGGAUGGCGGUGAUGAGGACGACGAGGACUGCGACGAGGAUAUUCCCGAUGAGGGCGACGACGGUUCUGAAGAGCCUGAAUGCCCUGGUGGCUCUCACUGCCCCGAGACUCCUGAGCAGCCUGAGCACCCGGAGACCCCUGAGCAGCCUGAGCACCCGGAGACUCCUGAGCAGCCUGAGCACCCGGAGACCCCUGAGCAGCCUGAGCACCCGGAGACCCCUGAGCAGCCUGAGCACCCGGAGACCCCUGAGCACCCCGAGCACCCCGAGCAGCCUGAGCACCCGGAGACCCCUGAGCAGCCUGAGUACCCCGUGUGCCCCGGCCCCAACUGCCCCGGCUCUCCCACGACCAUCGCUACCUUCACUCACCCUCCCGUCGGCACCGCCCCCGGCCCCAUUGCCACCUGGACCUCCACACUCCCCCACGGUGAGGAGCCCACCGCUCCCAUCGUCCCCGGCGCCGCCUCCGGUGUCAGCGUUGGCAUGAGCGUCCUGGCCGCUGUCGUUGCCAUCCAGGCCUUCGUCCUGUAA